AGUGACGCUGCGGCCGAGGAGGAGUUCCUGUUAAUCCAAACACAGACAGACGGGAGCAACAUUCACAGGUUAUCGUCGGUACCGGGACUGUUUAACGGCGCCGACUCGCCAACGGGAUGGCAGCUCAGAAGAUAAACGAAGCCCACGAACACAUCGCUAAGGCGGAGAAAUGCCUGAAGACGAGUCUGACGAAGUGGAAACCCGACUUUGACAGCGCGGCGUCAGAGUACGCCAAGGCAGCCGUGUGCUUCAAGAACGCAAAGCAGUACGAGCAAGCCAAGGACGCCUACCUGAAGGAGGCGGAGUACCACACGGAAAACAAGACACUCUUUCAUGCUGCGAAGGCUAUUGAGCAGGCCGGGAUGAUGAUGAAGGAGCAAAAGAAAAUGCCAGAGGCCAUCCAGUACAUAGAGAAAGCCUGCAUGAUGUACAUGGAGAAUGGGACCCCUGACACGGCUGCCAUGGCCCUGGACCGCGCUGGAAAACUUAUAGAGCCCAUAAAUCUAGAGAAAGCUGUUGACCUGUAUCAGAAGGCGGCAGGAGUAUUUGAGAAUGAGGACCGUCUGCGUCAGGCAGUGGAGCUGCUGGGCAAAGCCUCCAGACUCCUGGUCAGGUUAAAAAGGCUGGACGAUGCUGCAGUCGCCCUGCAGAAAGAGAAGAACAUGUACAAAGAGAUCGAGAACUUCCCCAUGUGUUUUAAGAAAACAACAGCCCAGGUCCUGGUCCAUCUCCACCGAGGCGACUACGUGGCAGCCGAUAAAUGUGUCCGGGAAAGCUACAGUCUGCCCGGCUACAGCGGGAGUGAAGACUGCGGCGCGAUGGAGACGCUGCUGCAGGGCUUCGACGAGCAGGACGAAGAGCAGGUCUAUCGCGUGUGCAACUCGCCUUUGCUCAAGUACAUGGACAACGACUACGCCAAAUUGGCCAUUUCCCUGAAGGUCCCCGGAGGAGGAGGAAAAAAGAAGAAGGCCCCCGCUGGUCCACAAGGGGGCGCCGACGGGGCGCCUGCAUCUGCAAAGGAUGAGGAGGAUGAUGAGUAUGAGGGCGGGUUGUGUUAACCUCCACCCAUACGAUCCACCAGAACGUCCGCCGCGCUUCAGACCUUUUCAACCCCAGACGGUGGCCUGUUUGAUCUUUAACAGGCUGAAUAAAAGGAGAAAAAAAAAAAAAAACAUUUCCAGCUGUUGUCGCGGAGGAGUGAAUAUUAGGCCUCUGAGUUUGUGUUAUUCUUCUGCCUGGUGUAUGAACAUGUCCCGCUUCUGUGUCGUCUCGGUGAAGCUGUACAUUUUUGCCGUUAUUGUCUGUGGGUAGAUCAUUAUAUGUACGCUCAAAACCAUAGAUACCCUAAAAUGCGGCUGGAUCAGCGAAUCGGUGUUUUAUUUGUACAGAGAUAAUUUAUUCAGUAUUCACGGCAGCUGGAAAAUGACGCGGGGAGCUUUAUGCAAUCACACUGAUAACGCAUGUUUGAAACGGUCAUGCAAAAUCAAAUGUAACCUAAUAAUAUAAAUCCCGGACCACCCUGUUGUCUCCAGCAUCGGUGGUUAUAUAAAACGAGAAGCUUUUAUCCAAAUGUACACUAAGUUUGUUCCUCUACUUCAAGGUGUGUGUGCUAUGUUAGAAUAAAAAGAAUUAUAGCCCU